AAGGCGAUUCGCGAAACGGCGUGGUUGCGCGCGAUGACUUGAUAUUGAAGCCAAAAAAGCACAUUAGUAUACAAAUAACUUAUUAAUAUUCGCCAUUUUCUCGCAACAUUGAGUGUUCCUGUACCAAUAUUUGUUCCUUACCUCCAAUUAAAAUCCGAAGCAAUACACGUGGGGCCAGUUCAGGCCGUUCAGGUUCAGGCCAGUUAAUGGACGCCAUGGCCGAGCAAAUGGAGGUUCAUUUGCAGGUGAGCACAUCAGACCAGAAUCACGUGGCUGUGGCGGCCUCUACAGCUGCUCCUACAGCCACCAGCAAUGGAGGCACCUACUGUUGGCGUUGCCAAAAGGAAAUGCAUGGCCUGUCUACAUUUCGCCCGGAAGAGAUGACUUCCAAGGACUACUAUUUUGACUCGUACGCCCACUUUGGCAUUCAUGAAGAGAUGCUAAAGGACGAGGUUCGGACGCUGACGUACCGCAACUCCAUGUACCACAACAAGCACCUGUUCAAGGGGAAGGUGGUCUUAGACAUCGGCUGCGGGACAGGCAUUCUGAGCAUGUUCGCCGCCAAGGCUGGGGCAGCGAAAGUGUUUGGGAUUGAGUGCUCAGGAAUUGUGGAACAUGCAGAGCGCAUCGUGCGGGAGAAUCACCUCGACAACGUGGUGACCAUUGUAAAGGGGAAGGUUGAAGAAGUUGUGCUUCCUGUAGACAAGGUGGACAUCAUCAUCUCCGAGUGGAUGGGUUAUUGCCUCUUUUAUGAAUCCAUGUUGGACACUGUCCUCUAUGCUAGGGACAAAUGGCUGGCACCCGGUGGACUCAUGUUCCCUGACCGUGCCACCCUCUUCAUCUGCUGCAUCGAAGACAGGCAAUACAAAGACGAGAAAAUAAACUGGUGGGAUAGCGUGUAUGGCUUCAACAUGAGCUGCAUCCGCAAGGUAGCCAUCUCUGAACCUUUGGUGGACGUUGUGGAUCCAAAGCAGGUCGUCACCAAUGCCUGUCUCCUCAAGGAAGUGGACCUGUACACAGUGAAAGUGGAGGACCUCUCCUUCAGCUCGCCAUUCCACCUCCAAGUGAGAAGGGACGACUACAUUCAGGCAUUUGUCACCUUCUUCAAUGUAGAGUUCACAAAGUGCCACAAACGCACAGGAUUCUCAACAGCUCCAGAAGCUGCGUAUACUCACUGGAAACAGACUGUGUUCUACUUUGACGACUACAUGACCGUCAAAAAGGGGGAAGAGAUCUGCGGUGUGUUUUGCAUGAAGCCUAACCCAAAGAACAAGAGGGAUCUUGACUUCAGCAUAGACGUUGACUUCAAGGGUGACCUCUCAGAACUCAGUGAGAGUUUCACGUAUCGAAUGCGUUGAGAGAUGACAUUUGCCCUCAAUUGUGUGCGUAUUGGACCAACGUUGAUCAAAUUAAAGCUUUUAAGCCAA